UUCUGCAGACCAAAACCACAACCAUGUCACUGCGAGACUGCCAGGCGUGGAAGGAUGCUGGUCUCCCGCUCUCAACCACAAGCAAUGAAGCCUGCAAACUGUUUGAUGCCACCCUGACCCAGUUUAUCAAGUGGACCAAUGACAAGAGUCUUGGUGGCAUUGACGGCUGCCUGUCUAAGCUCAAGGCAGCAGAUCCAACCUUUGCCAUGGGUCAUGCCAUCUCUAACGGCCUUGUGCUCAUUGGCACGGGAAGUUCCGUGAAGCUGGACAAGGAGCUGGACCGGGCUGUGAAGACGAUGGUGGAGAUCUCCAAAACCCAGACUCUGACACCUCGGGAGCAGCUGCAUGUGUCUGCAGUGGAGACGUUUGCCAAGGGCCCCUGUGUCCAAACACAGUCACAUGCAAGCCCUGGGUGUGUGGACUCCAGCCCCUCCUGCUGGGGGACUCCAUCCCACCUGUUCCUGUUUGGCUUCCUGGGAACUGAACUCUUUUUCUCUGUUUUCAGCUACGUGAAAGGCAUCUAUGCUUUCGGACUGAUGGAAACCAACUUCUAUGACCAGGCACUAAAGCUUGCCAAAGAGGCUUUAUCUGUUGAGCCAACAGAUGCAUGGUCAGUGCACACUGUUGCCCACGUACAUGAGAUGAGAGCCGAGAUCAAGGACGGCAUGGAGUUCAUGAAGAACACCGAAGGCCACUGGAAGGACUCGGAUAUGCUCGCUUCCCAUAAUUAUUGGCACUGGGCCCUGUACUUUAUUGAGAAGGGAGAAUAUGAGACUGCGCUAACCAUCUAUGACAGCCAUGUAAGUACACUCACAUUGUAUAUGGUUUGUUGCUGCAGUUGGCUUUUGUCUCUCACAGCCUGGGGGCCUGUGUGUGUGUCCCAGCCAGAGCUAAUGGUGGGAGAAUGGCUCAGACUUCCACAAGAUGUGGGUCUGCCCCUGUGCCAGGCCUUUGUGGAGGCUGAGAACGGGAAUCCUGACCGAGCCCUAGAACUUCUCUUGCCAAUCCGCUACCGAAUUGUCCAGAUUGGGGGCAGCAAUGCUCAGAGAGAUGUCUUCAACCAGCUGCUGAUCCAUGCGGCCAUCAACUGCACCUCCAGCGCCCAUAAGAAUGUGGCCCGGUGAGCACUCUGCCCUCCCCACAGCCAGGCUGUUCCCCCAUGAUCUCCCUAUGCAUGCCCCCGCCUUGGCAUGUGUGCUUCUGAUUUGGGGGUUCAGAAAGCAGGAGGCAAACAGGGGGUUUGGUUCUCUUUCAUUAG